CCUGUCUAUGAUAUAUAUAGACCCACCUUCUCCCUAUCCUAUGAAUGAAUGCAGAAAUUCAUACUCAUUUGUGUACGAUUCAAACUCAAAGCCCGCCCCUGUUUUUUUUCCACGUUGGAACCAUGGGUAACACAAAAAGGUCUGGUUCUGGGUGUUUUUCAUCCGUUUUGCGCCGGAUUCUUUGUUCAGGGACUCCCCAAACACACCCAUCAGACCACAUCGUAGGGUUAAACACUGUGGAUGAUAUAGCCAAGGUUGAAGUCCAAGCUUCUGAAACUGGUCCUGGGAUAGUAGCGAGGCUAAUGGGGCUAGACUCAUUGCCGGAGAACAACUGGCUUCAGAAAAGUAAAAUUCCUGGUCCUGUUACCCGCAGCAGGUCAGUCAAUUUCAUGGAUUACAUGCUGGAGCUUGAUUUCAAACAAACCAAACAUCGCCGUGUGAGAACAUCAUCAUCGUCGUUUCGUGAGGUACCACAAGGUCCACAACUAUUCCAACAUAAUCAGAACCAAGACUUCCUGGUUGUGUACUUGGAUAAUGAGUAUAGAAACAAUGAAGCUGCAGGGUUUAAGCCAAGGAAACCCGAGAAAAGAGAUGGAUCAGGUAGUAAGUACGGUAAGCAAAAAGAUAAUGUAAUAGAGAAAGUAGUUUGUAAGAAGCAGAUUCGAGAGAAAAACAAGAAGAUAUCUAAGCUUAAAAAUGAGCCAAGGAGAGUUUCUGGUAAACAUUCUUUCAAGGCUGGUAGCUGCAUUAAUGGAACAAAUUCAAAGGCAUUGAAGGUGGUAAAUCAGAAGGAAGUAUCUGUUGUGACUAGGAAGACAAAGAAUCAACGUCCAGUUAAGAAAAUUGAGUACUCUGAGAACCCAUUUGUCGUCCAUGGCGUCUCAGAUUCAAGGUCUUUGGAAGUGAAGUCGAAGAAAUGGUCAUCAAAGUCAGUGAAACAUGACUCCCUCACCACUACUGAUACUAGUGCUCGCAUUUCAAUCCCUGAAGGCCUUGGAAAGCAGGAGAAUUUUGAGUCAACGAAUGUGGAGGAGACUGAGUAUUACAUGGAGUUGGUUGAUAAGCUUAGCAAGCUGACAGAGGGAGAUAUAAAAUUCUCAAACUGGGAAACCAAGAAAGUUUUCACAUUCGAAGAGAUUUGUGCAGAGUUUGAGGAGCAUAUACUUGAUUACCUGCUGCAGCAGGUAGCUGAUGAAUUUGUGGGAUUUCACACACAUGUAAAUUUGUGCAAACAUAAUAGGCAAGCAAUGAUUUUCCAAGCAAGGCGGUAACUGGUAAACCUUGAAAGAAACAACAUUCCAAGGGGAAAUCGGGUGUGAAAAGAGCUGGCCGGUUUUGAUUACUCUUCCACUUUGUCUCUGCAACAAGAUUCGAGUCUCACGUGGCUUAGGAAUAGAAUGCAUGUUGAUUCAUCAGCAAAUGUAAACUUGUUAGUAAUAAAAAAGUACUAGUAACAGAGUUUAGAAAACACAAAAAGAAUUCUUCUUUGUAGACUUAUAUGGGUUUUAUAUAUUUUGCAGCUUUAGGGAGAGAAUAUACAUUUUCCAAGCUUCACUGUUGUUGAGUUGGACAUGAAUUUGAGACUUAUGUAUUUUUGUCAAAGCUUGUAGCGUUGGAUUCUA